AUGGACGGCAAACAACAGAAUGCUCUUCAACCAUUUGAUGAAGCAUGGUUUGAUGUAGCCAAUUCAUGUGGGAGGGAAUUUGAACUUCCCAAUAUCUCUACUCCUAUUAACCCACAAUGGAGUGACAACGAAAAGUUGGUUUUCCUGGAAGACCAACAGCCUGAUGUACUUGAAAACAAUUAUGAAUUAGUGAUUACCAGCUCCUCAUGUUCUGGCAACGUAGUGGAUUCUUUUCCACCUUUGAAAAUGGUGCCUGCAAUCACCACCUAUGUUCUGACAGUCGAUAUGCAAGAAGGUACCUAUCCUCCUGUGAAUGACCAGGAAAUUAGAUCUUUUAUCACUGAUUCACCAGCAUUUCUCAUAAAUGUCUCACGUGGUCGGUGGAAUCAAGUGGCUUAUGUUCCAGUUAUUAUGACUAACAUAUAUCAGGGUAGUGAUGCAGACAUAAAUCAUGUUCCAAAACCCCUUCAGAAUGUUAGGCAUAGUAAAGGAAUUACCUCAAAUGUGUACCAACCAGGAAAAUCAAUUCAUACUCCUGAUAAGAUAGUGAAAAUGGAUGUUAUCAAUCACACAUGA